UUUUUUUUUUUCUCACAUUAAUUCGGCCGCUUGCACACUGCGCGGUCGUGGAGCUACGUCUUACUUUUUUCAAUAUUAUUAUACUUUUUUAUUGCAGUAGUUGAAGGAUGACUUAAAGUAAUUCAAUAGGGCCAAAACAAUUUGAGGUAAUUUUCAGUUUUCAGGAUGCAAGAACGAACAAUAGGAGCUUACUUUGGGCUAUAUAUAUAAGCUACAAGUUCAAGUUGAAGUGGAUUGGGGCCCCCUUUGGCCGUUCGGCGGCACGGCGGCCGUCUGACGCCGCUGGGCGGUAGGUGGCGCCGGCGCGGCGGUCGCGGCGCACUAUGAGCGGCUCACUGUCGACCGGCCGGCGGCGCAAGAAGCGGCGGCAGCGGCAGCGUCCCGCCGGCGGUGAGGAGAACCCGCUGAACCUGUCGCUGCCGCUGGAGGUGGAGGUGCGCGAGUCGGCCUGGUACCCGAGCGGCGAGAGGAGCUCCAAACUGGACGCCGCCGCGGCAGCGGCUGAGUUAUCCCCGGACGGCCGCGAUGACGCGUCUCAGUCGGAGUUCCUGGGAGUUCGCGCCGCCCUGGAGGAGCAGACCGAUCUCGGCCUGCACAUCAACGAAAAGGGUAACCAGAUAUGUCAGCUGCGCUGGGCCGACUUCAGUCAGCGCGUGCCGUCCCACUGGACCGAGCGGCACCCGAACGUGUGUCCCCUCUGCAAGAAGAAGCUCAGCUCGCGCUUCUCGCUGUCCCGACACUACAUCGACGUCCAUCACAGGGAGGAGAAGAAACUCCCGACGCCGGCGCCAUGCCGCUUCUGCUCCAAGAUCCUGUACAACCAGUCCACGCUGAACCGUCACGUGCUGACUGUGCACAAGGAGGAGGCGCUGGCGCUGGCGGCGGCGGUCGGCACGGGUCGGGGGGCGGCCGCCGCCCCCGCCCCGGCCCCCGCCGCUGACCCGAGUCCGCCGCCAGCGCCGCUCUCCACUGGCUACUACUGCGCACUGUGUCAGCAGCGGCACCGGCGCAAAUCAGAGGUCACCCGGCACAUGCAGCUGCUGAAACUACAGAGCCCCAAGGGCGCGACACGGACCGGGCAGGCGCCGAAAAUACAGAGCCCGAGAGCUGGGCGGUCGAGCACCGGAGCGAGGCAGGCCAGCGCUGGCGCGGCGGAGGACUCUGUGUCUGCCGAGGAGGGCAGCUCCGCCCCGGAGACCUCCAACGGUCCGCUUAUCUCACCGGCGCUCACCGCACUCUCACGGGAACUCACGACCACGGCGCCGUUUCCCUGUUCAGUCUGCAGCCGAACGUUUUCGGACCAGGAGCGUCUGAUCGCUCACCUGGCCAGUCACCUCAGGGAUAAUCACUCAGACUCGGCGCCGUCCGGCCUGUGUCCGCUCUGUGAGCUGACCGUCCCCCAGCUGGCCAGCCACGUCCGGGACGCGCACUGUCGCGUCUGCGCCCGCUGCGGACUCAUACUGCCUGAGGCGCUCAUGGAGCGACACCUCACCGCGCACGAUCUCAAGAUGGCCUUCUGGUGCCCGGUGUGCGGCCAGCGCGAGGACCGCCGGCAGAAGAUGAUGCAGCACAUCAGCGAGCGCCACGAGUACAUCGCCGAGGGCUCUCAGUUCCAGUGCGGCUCCUGCGGCCACGUGCGGUCCCACAACCUGGUCACCCACUGCCUAAAACACGCCCGCGACGACGCCCUCACCGCCUACUGGUUCAAAACCGACGUUCUAUCUCCGCUGGAGCAGCGCGGCCUGGAGGCGGGCCGGCUGCUCCGCUCGUCCUCUGACGACUCGUCGCUGCAGUGGCUGCCGGUAGCCGCCGCCGAGCCGGCCGCGGCCGCCGUCGUCUCCGGUCUCAGCGUGCACCUGCUGCAGGCCUGUGACGGCGUGCCGGGCGCCGGACUGGACGCGGCUGCGCUCCUCUCGGCCGCCCUGUGUCCCGUGUGCGCGGCGCCGACCCCCUCCGGCCGACAGCUGGGAGCCCACCUGCAGCGGCACGGCGAGCUGCCGGUGCUCUUCUGUCCCAGCUGCCCGCGCACCUUCUGCCGGCCGGAGCGGGCGCGCCGCCACCGUUGCGGCCGCCUGCUCUGCCUGCUCUGCGGCCUGCAGGUGCCCUCGGCCGUGGUGGCCGCCCACUGGACGCUGCACGCCGGCGACGACCCGAUCUGCGCGCUGCUGACCCCGCAGACGGAGCCCGGGGACGGCGAGGGGUCGGCAGAGAGUGACGAGGAGCCGCCGUGCGGCCUGCUGGAGCGGCAGCUGGCCAGGCAGCUGGCGGGGAUCAAACAGGAGCCGCUGGAUGUGGAGGACGGGGAGGACGGAAUGGGAGAGGUGCCCGGGGAUGAGUUUGAGGACGGCGAGGACGGCGGCGGGGCUGGUGAGGAUGGUGGCAGUGCUACGGGUAGUGCUGUUGGUGAUGAUGGUGCCGCCGGCGCUGACGGCGAAGGUGGUGAGAAUGGUGAUGGUGAUAGGGAGGAGGGUGGUGAUGUGAAAGAUGGAAGCAGUGAGAAUGAAAAUGGUCUUGAUCUCGGGACGAAGACGGGCGAGGAAGUGGAAAGGCAGAAAGAAACUAAGGAGUGUAGCGACGGAGACGGGAAACAUCGUGAAGAAGAUCUAGAUCGUAAUGUGGGAAGGGACCUUGAUAAGAGGAAAGAAUUAGAUCGUGACGGAGAGAAGGAGCUUGAUAAGGGGAAAGAAUUGGAUCCUGCCGAGGAGAGGGAACAUGGCGACAGGGAAGAACUAGCUGGUGGUGCAGACAAAAACACUUGUAACAGUGACGGUGAAAAGCGCGAUGAACCUAAGAACGGGAAUCCUGAGGCAAACAAUGGCAAUGGCCUAGAGAACGAUGGUAGCUUAAAAGCAAACAGUGCAGCACCUGAUUCGAAGGAGUCUGUUGAGAAGCCUGCACUGACGAACGGAGUGGCGGAGGAGCAGAACGGCCACGACGGCCGCCAGCUCCGUGGUCGCCCUAGGAAACGAUCUCUGGAUGAAUGUCAUAAACCCGCGCCAAAGGAUGACCGUGAGUCGACCGAGUCGACCGCUGUGGAUCAGAACAACGUCAGUGAUGAAUCUAGUCAAUCGGAGAAAACGCCGGCGGAGGACCCUCCCAAGGAGUGGGCUUCGUUGGGUUUUCCGGCGGCAGACGCCGCUGAGGGCGACACCCCGGUGCGGGAGGCUCGCUCGGAACGCCGCUCCCCGCCCCGCAAACGCCGCCGCUCGCUGUCGGCGGACGGCAGCACCGGCGGCGGCUCCCCUAGUCCCGGCGGCCGCGCCGAGCGCCGCUCGCCGCCGGCCACAUGCCGUUCGGAGGAGGGCGGCGCCGAGUCGCCCGAGUCGGACUCGGAGUCCGAGUCUCUGGCCUGCGACCUGUGUCCGCGCCGGCUGCGCUCCGUGUCUCAGCUGCGCCGUCACCGGCUGUACCGGCACGGCGAGUGGCGCGGCCCGCUGCGCUGCCCCCGCUGUCCGCGCCGCUUCUUCCUGGCCGCCCACCGGCGGCUGCACGCCUGUGCCGGUGAGGACGCGCGGCUGGCGGCCGAGCCGCGGCUGGCAGCGCGCCUGUGGCGGCCCGAGGCCACGCUGGGCGCUCUAUGGUGUCCGUCCUGCUGCCAGCCCCAGGUCUCCCUCCACCAGCUGCGGCUGCACAGCUUGCGGCAGCACGCCGACGUCAUGUAG